AUGGAUCUCCGAGUUCGCGCGUUCCACAUGCUGAUCCUAGUGUCCGGGCUCUGCCUUCUCCAGGCUAGGGUUUGCUCCUCAAUCUUGUCUCGGUUUUCGGGUUGCAACUAAUUGAGAGGAAGAGAGCGAUAUUGCUGUGAAAUCAAGGAAAGCCACUUAUCCCGGGAACGUUUAUCUGCUUGUUUUCGUUUAGGGCGGGAGCAGCAAUUCGGUCCUCUUUCUCGAUGGUUCUGAACACAAGUACAUUCGAUCUCAUCCGGAAACCGUUGAUGAGGUGAUUUCAGUGUCAUCUGGAUUUUUUCCCUUAAUUUGCUAACUUCGAAGCAAGGUUGCCGAUAGAUAUCGGGUUUUGGAAGAUGUGAGUUGUGUAAUUACUUUUGAAAUCGUGGCCUCCUGGGCCCGAGGCUGCAAAGCUACAGAUAAUAGGUUUCAUGGAGAUCUAACUAUGCGCACAUUCUGCUCCAAAUAAACGUUCGUAUGUGUAAACUUGUUAUCAUCUUACCCUUUAUAGAAUGUGAAGAUAUUGCUUCAAAAUAAAUUCCAUAAGUCAAUUUCUUCUUUGCAGCUUUAUUGCAGCCUCAUCUGUAUGCUACUUUGCAUUGAAGUUACCGUUAUUUUUGAGAAAUCAUUGAAAUCCACUGAUCUCGAUAUGGUAGAUUAGUUAUUACCUGAUGGUUACGAACUCAUGUGAUAAGAGAUGAGUAGUCUCCCUAUCGAUAGGGAAUUAAUAGAACCUUGUUGAUGAUGUCUACAUUCCAAGUCUAGGGUCUGUUACGAAAGUUUCUUUUAGGCCAGGAAUGUAUAACCGGAAAAUGUGGGAGGGAUUAGCUUCUCUUAAUUAUCUGAUUGGAACUGUAAACAUAAACGAUAAAUGUAUCGAAUCUUUUAUUUGAUUUAAAAUUUAAACUAGAGUCACUUCUCUGAUUGCGAAGGAAGGUCUCUUGUUUAGUUCCUUCUUGCAUCACGAGGGAGUCCUGAUGUCAUCUGGGCAAAAGAAGCCAUGUCUUUGUAAAAAAAAGGUUUUUAUCUUAUAAGAUUUUCUAAUGUGGUAUUCCUGAAAUGGCGCCAUCGUUGUGAUGAUUUAGAAAUAUUUAUCAUGCCUUUUCCCUCUAUUCACUAUCGACUUCAUUUCAUGAUGAAUUGUAUUUCCAUGGUUGCCUGAAUUUGGUUGCCGAUUCUACUCUUCAGACCUAUCAAAUGGUACGCAAAUUGGAGUUAGUUCUUCUAAGAUCCACGUCUUCCAGAAAAUCUUCCUUUUACUCGUCAUCCUGUACGUUCUCUUGGGUGACAUUUUUUUAUUAUCACAGGCGAAUCCAAUGUCACCCUUGGAAGUUGCUGCCACUGUAUCAGUUUUACUUGGUGUGGCUCCUCCUGUUUCGCUUCCAGCUGAAUCUUCUCUCAAGGUUACAUACUUGGUGUCAUGCGUCUCCCAGAAGCAUCAAUAAUGAUACUGAUAUUAGUUUGACUUACUUGCUGAUGUCUUUUACUAUGCAGUUAGACAAGAUUCUUACGCCCAAUCCAUUUAGCAGGCCACGUGCUGUAGUCAUGCUGGAGGUCCAGGGAAUCGGAGGUCUCUAGCUUUGAUCAUCAAGCAUUUUCUGCAUCGUUAACUUGUCUCUUUUGUUUAUCACCUUUUUUUUUCCUUCUCACUAAUCUGCUAUAGCUUCUUAAUUUGCAGAUUUGUCGUCUGCCUUGCAUUCGAUCUUACAAGACGAUAGUGCAUUGAGUGGCAAGAUUAUUAGUUCUGGCAAUGCCCACAUUGAACUUUUUGGUAAAUUUUUGUUCUUGCAUCUAAGUUGUUGUCUGUUGCCGUCCAGUUGUUUAAAGUUGCAGUCAUCUAACCUUCCUUUUUCAACAGGAGAUGAUGAAGUGAGUCAAACUUCCAUUGAUGAGCCAAUAGAAUGUGAUUCAGCUUGUGCUGGUAGAGAAUUCAGCAAUCUUGUAAGCGUAUUCCUCAUGAUUGACCUGACUUUUUAGCCAAAAAAACUUUCUGUAAUUUGAUCUACAUCAUCCAUGCCUCAUGAUGCAGGCAAGAUGGUUAGGGGGAUCAUAUGUUGGCAGCAUGGAAUCACAAGAUGGAGAAUUGGAGUUUCCAUUGGCCAGUGGCACAAGUCUAAAUCUCCACGUUUCAAAGGUUCAUAUGAUCGUUAAUUUUUUAUUCAACUACUCUAUUCCUCAUCGUAUAAUUUUUCGUCAUGGAUAUAGCCAGCCUACGUUUCUUAGUGGAAUAAGGUCACCAGAUUUAUCAUCAGAAACCGACACUACUAUUAUGCUAUGAUAUGCGGUUUGUGUGCUCCGGUCCCGUUUUCGAUGAACAAUAGAAUCAUUUUUAUCCUCUGCCACCAUUUUUUUUUUGGUUAGGAAAUUCUACCCUCUGUGUUGCAGCUUUUGCAGAUGGUAAUACCCUUACAUAGAACUUAACCUAGGUGUUUACUUGAAUCUCACUUUCUCUUGCAGGAAGCAGAUCGAACUUUUGCUUUAAGUCUUGUUUCUCUUUUCAAUGGUGUUAAAACGGCCAUGGAAAUGCAAGAAGAUUUUGAAGCGAUCAAUCAGAGACCUGUAGACUUAUUUACAGGCUGUUUUACGGGAAUCAAGGUGAUGAUACUAAUUCGAUUGGUGCCAUUUUGAAUUUUUAUGCUUGUUUGUUUUCCUUUCAUAGCUUGUGAUCAGCAGAAGUUCAGACGUAGAGGUUAUGUUUUUAUUAGACUGGGACCGACGUUAAAGACCUAAAACAGUCGGUUUGGUGAAACAAGCCGGUGUAACAAGCUGGAUCCUCUACUAUAGUGUUAAAGGACGGGAUUCACCAUUGUUUGCCACUGCAAAAGUAAUCUCAGUCAGCAUCACAUUUUAAUUCCUCAUUGCUUGGUUAUGUCAUUUCUGCUAUUUGAUAGUUCACUAUAAUAUUUUUAGAGGACAAGUUUGGGGAAAAAGUGAGGAUGGAAAACAAAUUAGGGUGCAUGAUUUGGAAAAAAGUGCCUCGAAGAUCUCUUUUGAACACUGGAGGUUGAGAAAAGGAGAGAAGAAUUAGCAUACUCUCGAGUAAUUGAGAACAAAUGGAGUGCCAUUGUGAAAUCGUAUUCACAUAUUCGUAAUCUGACAUAGCAUCACUGGAAUGGAGUUAGCGCAUCUUAAGGUUUGCUUGUGUGAAUCUUACACUAUUGCUGGGUGCUUCUGGGACCGAAGGAAAUAGAACCGUUGUUUGAUUGAGAGACAAAGAGAAAAUAGAUUAAAUGUUUGUUUGCUAUAAUUUCUUUGUUCUUCAUAAUCACAUGUUCUUGUCUGUUACCACAUAGCACUGCACGGGUUAUUUCCUUGUGGGUUCAGCCAUUUUUAUUGUACCCAAAUCUUACUUACAGAUCUAGAGCACUUCAAACCUGUGAAAAACAUAGAAAUCCUCCAUUCUAAGGGGAGCCUUCUUCACGAGUUUGUGUCUCUUCUAUACUCUUAAUGGCGAACGAAUGGUAUGAUAAUGCCUUGUGGUGGAUCACUAUCUCUCCAAGAAGUGCUCGAUCGUGUUUGAUUAGUUUAAAUUGGAAGGAAAAUGAGAUAGGUCUUGUGAGUCGAAACUCUUGCUUGCUUAUACUUUGGUCUACUAUAAUUGAUCAUUGUUGUGUACAUCACAGGCUCUGAUUGAAUCUGGUUCUGAUGAAAUUGCCCAUCAAGGUUUGGAGCUUUUCCACAUGGCACUAGCCAGAUUAUUCGGUUCACUACAGAAAACAUACCAAGGUAGUUUGUUCUCCUGCACGCUCGUAUUCUAGCCUUUUUACUGUUUAUUUCGUAUGGUUGAAUGUUGAAAGAUAACCUGUAUUGAAGGAUAUUGAAUUAGAAGCAUAUACACAGCGAUGGGGACACCCAUGAGGCCAAGAUUAUCUCAUCAAUCAUCGUUUUAUGUAUUUAUUUAAUCUAUCAAUGGCUGAGGUCACUUGUACAGACAAAUUAUAGCAUGAAUUUUCGUCAUGAAUUUAAGCUUCUAAUCUUGAAUGUUCAUGGAUUUUUGCCCCGUAUUCUUUCCCUUCCGAUUUUAUUACUCCAAAGGGUAAAAUCUCUCUCCUGCGGCAGGGGAAGUGGUGGGAGUCAUCCUCCUGAACGAGCAGACCUCAGCUAGUAGCAUGGAGCCCAUGCUGGAUGUAAAGCUCUCGCCCCGAGCUUCUCGGUGGCUGCAGGAACGUCCAGCAGCCAACACCACCAACGCAGAAGUGCACUUGGUCAGAACGACCCUCGCUUGGAUCACCGGGAUCAUCCUCCUCCUGUCGACCCUCAUCGGGGUAAGCCCCCGGCCGGCCCACUGCAGAAGCCCUUGUGGGUUUGCUUUCCUUGGUGGGAAAUCUACUGAUCAUAUGAUGUUAUUGGCCUCCCGCAGGUCUACUACCUGCUCUACAUGCCCUUCAACAGGGACACCCUGCUCUACUCCAACGUGAAGCUCGACUGA